AUGGCUGGGCAGGGGCUGCUUUCUCCUCCUCUGCUCCACACGGCCUCCCGAGACCGACUCCUCACCCCCCAGCCACCGUCAGUGGUGGCAUCCAGUGGCUUCCGCCGCGGGACAGAGUGUGAAGGUUCCCACGGGAGAAUCCGAGGCGUCGACCGGAAGCUGCACGUCCCGCUCCUACAAACGACCGGAAGCCGCACGUCCCGCUUCUACAAACGCCAUGAUGGCCAGACUCAGGCCUGCGGCUGGGAUCCCAAAGCUAGGGGGUGGAAGGUGCGGCCUCAGGGUAUUCGCAGGAGAAACCUGCUGACAAAGAGUUUCUUUGGCCGCUUUGGGGCGUUCCGAUGGAUGUAG